AUCCCCGAUCGCGCAGACGCAAGCCUUUGAUCCUCCGAACCACUAACCUUACGCCUCACCCCCUCAACUCGCUCACUGCACUUUCUGCACACAAUGGCCAAGAAAGCCAAGUCUCGUACCAUCACCGUCCGUCUCAUCUCGAUGGCCAUGACGGGCUUUUACCGCACAAUGGUCCGGCCCCGUACCCACCGUCCGCUCAGCAUGCUCAAGUACGACCCGGUCGUGAAGAAGCAGGUCCUCUUCCUGGAGGCAACCAAGGGUGGUCGGAAUAAAUAGAAUGGAACCUCGGCUCUACGGAGGCUUUUGCUGCCGUCAAAUGGCGUCUCGCGCAUCCUUCGACGGUGGUUCGUCUUCGUCGCAAUACUUCCAAGUCAGAUCUCGGCCUGGACAAUUCCCUGAUACCGUUCCCUCGCUUUCAUUAUAACGAAUCGCGGAGAACCUCGGAGCAACUAUCACGGCCACCAUCUCGAUGCAGCGGGUCGCCAAACUCUCGAACUUUCGAAGAUAUGAUCAUGUAUAUUAUACCGCGCAGCAGCUAAGACUUCAAGUUGUGGGAUGAACUCAACAUCUCCAUGUAUGUUUAAGCUGUCUGCUUUUCUUGUGUUGCAUUCUGGCGUUUUAGAGCAGUACAAUCUGGGUCCAUCAUCGUUCAAUAUAUCACAAAU